AGUCUACAAAACACGCCCGCCACACCCGCGCCGGCGCCGCGGCACUAUUGGCCGGCAUUUGUCGUGAAACAAGAUGGCACUACGCUCGCAGCUCCUCCGCAUCGCAUACAAUGGCCAACAAGCCCGUUGCUUGCACGAAUUGAAAUCCAAAGAGAGAGCCGGUGUAGAGAAACUACGGGAGGUGCUGGAAGACCGACUGAAGGAAAUCAAGAGAGCCAAGACUUGGAAACAUGAACGCGUCAUCACAUCGCCGCAGGAUAGAAAGGUGACGGUCAAGGGAGCCGAUGGAGAAUUUUUAAAUUUCUGUGCGAAUAAUUACCUAGGAUUAUCGAAUCACCCUGAAGUCGUUAAAGCAGCUCAAGAUAGUGCGAACAAAUAUGGAGCCGGUCUCAGCUCAGUUCGUUUUAUUUGCGGUACACAGAGUAUUCAUAAGGAAUUAGAAGACCGUCUCUCAAAAUUCCACGGACGGGAAGAUACAAUACUGUACGGUUCAUGUUUCGACGCAAAUGCCGGUCUUUUCGAGUCCAUGUUGACUCCAGAAGACGCGGUCUUCUCCGACGCAUUGAACCACGCUUCCAUAAUUGACGGUAUACGGCUGUGUAAGGCGCAGAAAUACCGAUAUCCUCAUAGAGAUUUAAGUGAACUAGAACACCUCCUGGCCCAUAGUGAAGCCCGUGUAAAGUUGAUAGUAACCGAUGGCGUGUUCUCUAUGGACGGUACAGUCGCACCCAUCAACGGUUUGAGAGAUCUGGCCGAUAAGUACAGAGCAUUGCUUGCUGUUGAUGACAGCCAUGCGACUGGCUUCUUUGGAGAGACGGGAAGGGGAACAGAAGAAUACUGCGGUCUCAUGGGCGCAGCGGAUAUAAUCUGCUCGACUCUUGGCAAGGCAGUGAGUGGAGCCGCGGGAGGCUACACCACCGGGCCGAAGGAACUCGUCACUUUGCUGAGGAAUGUGUCCAGACCGUAUCUGUUCUCUAAUGCUCCUCCUCCACCUGUUGUUGGCGCUUCUUUGAAGGCCCUCGAUUUAGUAGAACACAGCAAUGAACUCAGACAGCGUCUCCACGCGAACACCAAACUGUUCCGCGAAGGCAUGAAGCAAGCUGGCCUGGUAGUGGCGGGAGAUGGCCAUCCGAUCUGCCCAGUGAUGGUGGGAGAAGCUCCACUCGCUGUGGAACUGGCUUCGGGAAUGUUACUAAAAGGAAUCUACGUGGUAGCAUUCAGUUACCCCGUAGUACCGAAGGGUCAAGCGCGAGUGCGCGUACAGAUCAGCGCAGCUCACACCACAGACGACGUAAAAAAGGCCGUCAACGCAUUUGCGGAGGUCGCUCAGAAAAUUGGACUCAUCAAAAAAUAGAUGUAAUUUUAUAAGACUGCUGAACGAAUAUGAUCUUUAUUUUGUAUGCUAUAAAUAUGUAUUUUGCAUGUGUACUUGAUCUUUAUUUUGUAUAGAAUAUAUUUUGUGCAAAUGCAUUUCAUACAUUCCUAUCAUGUACUUAUGAUGUAAAUACAUUUUUUAUCUGUUUU